AUGUCGUUGCCGUUGACAUCAAGUCGUCGCCGUCAUCAUUGCAUUCGCCCUUGGCUUCACCAUAUUACCUACGAUUUCGUCGAGAUCGUCAUCGUCUUCCUCUUUAUCAUCUUCGCUAUCGUCAUCAUCUACUGUGUCUUCGUUGUUGUUGUCCCCGCCGUUGUCGUCAUUCACAUCGCCUUCGUCUUAGACUCCAGCAAUGUACUAGAAGUCGUCGUCGCCGUUUCUGUCCUUGUAGUUAUUGCCUUCGUUGUCGCCGUCGACAAAGCCAUCGCCUUUGAAUUUAUGCACAGUCGCCUUCGUCGUUUUUUCGUCGCCAUUGUCCUCAAUCUCCUCGUCGUCGUGGACGUUGAUAUCAUCGUAGAUAUUACCUUCGUUUUCGGCGACAUCGCCGUCCUCGUCGUCAUCGCAUUUGUCUUCGGUAUUGUUGUCCUCAUCAUUGUCGCCAUCUUUUCCGCCAUCGACUUUGUCGUCAUCAAUGUUAUUGAAUUCGCCGUUGUCAGAGUUGCCUUAAUCGUCGUCUUCGUCGUUGAUUUCUUUGCUAUUGUCGUCAUCCUCAUCGCCAUCUUCUCGUCCUCAUCGAUGGUCUAA